GCGUGUACCGGCUUAAUUUGUUUUAUCAGGCAAUGGUCGAUUCAAUAGAAAAGAUUUUUAGAUUACUUCCUCGCUUUGAGGAUAUAGAAGAGCUGCUGCAAAAUGAAGCUGAGGCGAGAUACAUACUGAAGCGAGCAUCAAAUUACUUUGAAAAGUCUUAUUUAAAUGGAGAAGAGGAGGAAAUUUCGUAUUUGGUACGGGCACUAGUGGACAAAACCUGGGAACGCAUUCAUAGUGGACAUUUUAGUAGCGUGCCGGUAACCAUAAGGAAAAUAUAUGCACUCGGUUGCUACUUUAAGAUUUUCUUUCUGCUAUUGGAAGACACAAGCUUGGAGCAGAUCGAACUAUGUGGCGCUGUUUUGGACGAGGCUCAACUGCUGGGCUGCACAGAUAAGCUGUAUGAAAAAGGCAAUGAACUGAAGGAUGCGCUGAUGAUGUACUUGGACAAGGAUGCUAUAAAAUUUACUAGGGACCCGCUGCCCAUCUUAGCACCAGUCGAACGAUGCAUAGCUAAUUGUGAUAUACCCCAACUGGAUGCACCUAGCAUCACAGAGUUUCGCACGAAAUGCUAUGAGAAAAUGCAGCCAACGCUGCUGCUUAACACAAUCAAUCAUUGGCCAGCGUUGACUAAAUGGCGCGAUUUGAAUUACCUACUGAAAGUAGCUGGCAAUCGCACCGUACCAAUUGAAAUUGGUUCCAAUUACGCCAGCAAUGAGUGGUCCCAACAGCUGGUUAAGCUACGUGACUUUCUCUACAGGCAGUUUAGCCAGGGCAACGGAGAUCAGGAGAUUGAGUAUCUAGCACAGCAUGAGCUGUUUGCACAGAUACCAGCCCUGCAGGCGGACAUCUGUGUGCCGGACUACUGCACUGUGACGGCGAGGAAUGAAGCAGAUGUGGAUAUUAAAGCCUGGCUAGGACCACGUGACACCAUCUCACCGAUGCACUACGAUCCCAAGCAUAACUUGCUCUGCCAAGUGUUUGGUAGUAAAAGUAUUAUAUUAGCUUCUUCUGCAGACACCGAAAAUCUGUACCCACACGAAAGCGAGUUCUUGAACAACACCUCCCAGAUUAAUGCCGCCGAACCGGACUUUGAGCGAUUUCCAUUAUUGAAGAGGGUACAAUUUUAUAAGCUGUUGCUACAACCUGGCGAUUGCUUAUAUUUACCUCCCAAGUGGUGGCAUUACGUGCGCUCCGAAACAGCCAGUUUCUCCGUUAGUUUCUGGUGGGAAUAGCUAAUCGACUUUGCUCAAGGUGCGUCAUAGAUGAUGUCAUUAUACGUGGUCUGUGGAUCAUGAAUCACAAGUAGUUUGCUUUGUGAGUAUUCAUAAGAUUAUUUAUUAGCCAAUGAACCUUUGGAUGCGGCAAACAAAGUAUUAAGUUUACUAAUGAAUAUAAAGAUUAUAAAUACAGUUUGAGAACUUGAGAGAUAAUUGAUAACAUUGAAA